UUGGAGACAGUACUAUAACAAUGAAGAAAGGCGUUAGUUUCCUGGUAACCGUGGCCUUCAUGGCAUUGGCUUCCUUUCUUGCCUCUGCCUAUGAUCCAAGCCCACUGGAAGACACCUGUGUUGCCGUUGAUGAGCCCAAUAAUGCUGUAUUUGUAAAUGGGAAGUUCUGCAAGAACCCAAACCUGACCGUGGCCGAGGAUUUCUUGUAUCAAGGGCUGAAUAUUCCAGGAAACACAUCAAAUUAUGUGGGCUCAAUUGUCAAUCUUAUAAAUGUUGAUCAAUUACCAGGAGAAAACACUCUUGGGGUGGCAGUGGCUCGUAUCGAUUAUGAACCUAAUGGUCAAAACCCUCCUCACUUUCACCCUCGUGCCAGUGAGAUCUUCACUGUCUUGGAGGGAACACUCUUUGUUGGCUUUAUCACAUCCAACCCUGAACACCGCUUCAUUAGCAAAGUCCUGAACAAGGGGGAUGUUUUUGUGUUCCCUUUCAGUCUCAUUCACUUCCAAGUCAACAUUGGGCACACUAAUGCAGUAGCCCUUGCCGUUUUUAACAGCCAAAAUCCAGGUGUAAUCACCAUAGCCAGUUCAAUAUUUGGAUCAAAUCCACCCAUCAAUCCUGAUUUCCUGGCAAGGGCCUUCCAGUUGGACAAGAGGGUGGUUGAAUACCUUCAAGCACGAUUCUAGUGGGGAAAUAUAGAAAAAGAAUAAGCUGUCAACCUUUGAUUUCCUUGCUUGAAUGACGAUUCAUGAUGUUCAAUUCCCUCAUUGUAACAAACAUGGUAUAAUAAGAGGGUCUGGUUGUAACUCUUCUAGUGUGGACUUUGGGCAUAUUACUACAAUAAAGCAGUCUGCAGUCUGUUUGUUAAGCA